AUGCCAAGGUGGAAUGUUGACAAACUAAUCUGUCUGGUGCAGGAGAGGCCAGAAUUGUGGGACACACGGUCCCGGAAUUACCAGGACCGUGUCCGCAAAGAUGCUGCGUGGGAGCAGGUGGCCCGUCACAUGAGGCGUGACGAAUGGGCCAAAGCAGAUGGCCGUGGCUGUGCAUCUUUAGUCAAGCAAACUAAAACGCGCUGGAACAGCUGCAGGGACCAGUUUCGGCGUGAACUCAAUUCACAGGGCCGGAGUGGAGAAGGUGGUUCCAAGAAACGGCCAUAUCUGUACACCCAGCAGUUAAUGUUUCUUCGCCCGGUCAUGGAUUUGAGGCCUACUGUGGACAGUCUGGAACAGGCCGAAGACUCAGAGGAGGCAUUGAGUGGUGAAAUUUUGCCUGUAUUUUCGCCCGCCACCAGCCCUGCACCAACGCCUGCUCUGGAGCCGGACGAGCCAUCCCAGGCUGAGGCCUCCAGAUCACCCCGCAGUCCUUCCCCUUUACCACAGCCACAGCCCAGGAGACGCCGCAAUGUCCCUCAAACUUCCUCUGGGCAAGAAACUCGUGAGGCUAUAGAUGCCCAAGUUAUAGAAUUCCUUGCCCAGAGGAGGAGUGACGGCAUUGAGGGGUCUACGCUGAGGGGCCUAGGAAAUAUUUUCCGGCAAGUUCCUUUGGCCAAACAACCCGAAUGCGUGACAGCACUGGCUAUGGUAAUCCAUAUGUACUCAUCGAAUUAUGAAGGAGACCUCUUGACAGAACUUAAUGAGCUCCGGCGGAGAGUCUUAAAUCUUGCUCCUCAAGUUCGUGACCCAGGCUACUACCAGCCUCCGAUGCAACAGCCUGGCCCAUCAUUCCCACAGCAACCGACCUACCAGCGGUUCCAAGGGCCAACAACAUCCAGUAGUCAAACUAGGAUGGCAACUCGGGCCAGUGAUCCUGGCUAUGUGCGGCCACAAGCUGAUUUUGAUCCUGGGCCAUUUACCAGAGAACUGUUUGAUCUGUAA